AUGGGAAAAGUAAAAAAAGAAAAACCAUCAAAAAAUUUAUUGGAUAAAAAAAGUAAGAUUGAUGUUUCCAAAAAGAAAAAAAAUGGAGAAAAAAGGAAAAACUCAUUGAGUGAAGGUACCAGAAAAUAUGGGUAUAUUUCAACAAAAUCAGUACUAACCAUGGCAGAAGCUGCGGGUUUUUCUGGUUUACAAGAAGAUGUUGCAAAAAAUUUGGCGGAAGAUGUAACCUACAGACUUCGCUACAUUAUACAACACAAUAAAUUAAAUAGUGCUGAUUUAAAUGAAGUUUUAAAAAUGUGUGAUGUGCCAUCAAUAUAUGGUUACACUGUAAAUGAUCCACUUCAAAAUUUUAUUUAUAUAAAAGAAGCUGAUGUUUAUGUUUUAGAAGAUAAUCUUGUUGACUUACCAGAAAUUGCACUAUCUGAAAUUAGGGUUCCAAAAAGUAAUUCAUACAUUGCCACAGGAUCAUGGAUGAAGUCUGGAGAAGUUAAAACAUCUAAUGAAGAAGUGAAAACAACAACAUCAGUGGAUCAAAGUAACAAUGAAAAUUCUAAACUGAGUGGCAAAAGUUCAACACUUGAAAGACAAAGGUCAGGAAAUGAAAUUGUUGGAAAUGAAACUAAAAUUCCUACAAACUUAAUUAAGUAUUAUGGUAUUACAUGCAAUACUAUUUUAGGACAUUCAGAUUUAAAGACUUUACAAACUGUAGAAGCAUUAUCUAAAAAUAAUUCAAUUGAUUUUGGUCCAUAUUCUGCGACGACAAGAGUUGUCAAUGCAAUACUUUUAAUUGUGGCUUUGGAUAAAAAAUCAUCUAAAAUAAGUUAUGACUUUAGUCUGAGAUCAUAUGCUGCUAGAGUUUUAGCACUUAUUUUGUGUCAGUGGUGCAUAAGGGAUGAACAAAAAUUUUCAGUCGUUAGAAAAAUGGGUAAACUAUUAAUCGAUUUCAAUGCCACUCUUAAAGUUCAUUAUGGUGCGUUAACUUUAUUGGUGGCAAUGGGACCUGAAACAUUAUUCGAAACUUUACACGGAAUUAUUAGACAAUAUUUAAAUUAUUUAGAAAGGCUGAAACUUAAUUCAAUUUCUAAAAACGUAAUCAACGAUAUAAAUAUGUUAGAUGAUAUUUUAUUGGUUGCCGUUGCCUUAAUUUAUAGGAAUCCAAUAUACAACAGUAGGAAUUUACUAGAUUUUAAUUUUAAUUUAUGCGAAUAUUUCGGAGACACUUUAUGUUGCGUAUGGCCUAGGUCGAUUCAAGUAUCCGAAAAUAUGAAAUACAUGAAUUCCAGGUAUAAACCGCAAACGAAAAAAUUAACCGUAGACAAUGUUUUUACCAUAACUAAGUUUCGAAAGAAGAAAAACACGAGAAUAAUUUUCAAAUUUGCCGGUUCAAAACCUGUGCCUGAAGUCAAUUUAAGAAGAAAAAGAUUGGAUAGUAGGUACUCUCAAUUCAUAGCAGGAAAAGAAUCAGAGGGACAUGUUGUUGUUGCUGGAAAAAGACCUCGAUUUACUCGUACACAACCAGCCAUUAACGCCAUGUUACCAGUAGGUUAUAUUUUUUCAAUUUUGUAA